CCAUUCUUAUCCUUGCUGUUCCUGAUGGUUACGCCAUUGCUGUCACAUGUUUAGCUGUUGCGUCUAAAUUUUUCUUGAUGUGGGCUGGCUCUAUUUGUAUGGUCUUUAUGCAGGAGUUGUUUCCAACAUCAGUUAGACCAACAGCCACAGCUUUGGGAUCCAUAUCAGCAAGACUAGGUGGAUUGCUGGCUCCACUGCUGAACUUGUUGGCCACGUACCACUGGGUCAUACCCAUCACAGUCUUCAGCUGCCUUACGUUGAUAGGUGGAUUUCUCGGCUUCUUGCUUCCCGAAACCAAAAGAAAAGAGCUUCCUGAGACGGCUGAAGAGGCUGAGCGCAAUGGACAAGUUAGCUCCACAAGAAGAACAACUACCAGUCCACAUUCGUAUACAACCAAGAUGUAGAUGUUUUUGUACUGACUUUGUCUUGUAUUGAGUUUUUAACUCUUUCUACAAAUAUACCAAAAUAAUUAUGAUAUGUUUGGAAUUCAAAUAUUUGGGGAUUCUAACACAGGAAACUCCAAAAAGACAGGACACAGACGGACAAGAGAAAUUACUAAAUCAGAGAAGGAACUAAGAAUUAGAAACAUGGAUAACUAAACUAGGGUCUGAGAUUAUGAUGUGAGAUCAUGAAAGAAAUUAUUUUGUGCUUUGUAGAGCAUCACUGCACUGUCGAGAUCAUCGAUAUCCUCAAAUUUGAAGACACAUAUUCUACUAAUUAAUCCAUGGUUCAUAAUAAUCGGAUCCCUUUAUAGUUCCUAGAUCUUUCUUCUGCAGCAGAUAAACUGUAUUAGUAUUUGCUUUGUAUGUUUCUCCAUACCUCCACAGAGUUGUAUUGUAUCGACCAACUGUGAAACAAUACAGUUGUUGCAUUAAUGCUUUUUGAUUUAAGAGAUCUCUUAGUUUUAUAUAAUGCAAGCAUUUAGAUACAGUCUUAUAUGAGCUUUUUAACAAUUUGGCAUCAGUCUAUGGACUUACUUUUUUAUACCUUUAUUCAUCAUAAUUAUAAAUUAAUUUUUUCUAAGCACUACAUGUUUUGUAUGCUAUAAUUUAGUGAUAAAUUAUUGAUUUUCAAUCUUUUCUUUAAAGGCAUUGUUUCCAAACAGUUUAACAUUAAAUCCAAAAAUACCCUUCAGUGAAAGUAGAGUGUGAUGGCAACCAUCACUUGAGACUGGCACCUAAACUAUCUGGCAGGUUCGUGGAAAGUCAUAAUUUCAUUCUGAUGUAAUUAAAUCUAAAUAUAAAAAAGAUUUAACACCUGAUUUAAAUUUCAUGGGCUGCAUGUUAUAUAACACAAAUCCAGUCCUACCAUUACUUUCAGUUCAUAUUGGGUUGUGAAUGGUACUGUUGCUCAGAUUCACAUGUAUGUGAUUUCACGUUUCACACAAAUAAAACAAAUGAUUCAAAGAAACAAAAAAUGA